AAUGUCAUCAUCUAUCAAAGGCGAUCCCCGUCGACCUGACAAGAUUGUCCCAUUCCACCAGCCCCCUAAGAAUGAGGAAGAGGCUGACUUUACAAGCAACAUUGCCAUGUUCACUGCCAUGGGUGGUAUUCUUAUGAGGAAUCAAUUCAAGGCUAUUCCCUGGAUUGCUUCUUAUUUCGGCUUGUCUGCUUUCUUGAACAAGAGAAACUCAUUAAAAUCAGGCGAUGGACUUGCUGAUAGUGGCUCAUUGGUCGCAUUCGUAUCCUUGUUUACCUAUUAUCUUAAUGUCUACAUGUUAAAUCGAAACACUAUCCAAGCAUUGGAAAGCAACCCAGACAAUAUUUCUGCUUGAAAAGAAAAGAAGAAAAAUUAAGAAGAGUAAUAUACCGGGGUUCAAGUGGAUAAUUUUUUGUUGUAAUGUGAAUGGUUCGAGCGUGAGUACUGACUGUGGCUACGAUGAAUAUGAUGGCGUCUUUUACAACCAAUACAGCAGCGAUUGCAGCAAUACCACAUAGAAAUAAAGACGAUCAAAGUAAUGACAAUAAAAUAAGACAUUAAUGC